UGUGCACCAGGCCUCUCUUUUAUUAUAAAGUGAAGACCCUUUAUAGCACCCAGAACUGGAAAUAGAACUUGGCCAGCUGUUUCAGAAGCCAUAUCUCUGCCUUUUCCAUCACAACUCCCACCUCCUCCCCAAAGUAACCACUAUCCUGACAUUUAUGGUAAUCACUUAGAAGGAUUUUAUUUUAAUGGGACUAAAGUUUAGCUAUAAAUAAUCACUAAUGGUAGAAUAUUAGGCGGUUGAGAGGUAUGUGGAGGAGCCAUCAGAGACAGCCAGAUCUCAGCACACUUAAAAUCACAUCAUUUUAUACAGUUAGUUCACUCUGUGCCCAUAAUUAAGACAGACCUCACUGGAAAAGGAUCCCACAGAAGUCCAAGCAAGUACCGGGCUGUGCCCUAUGCCCUCAGCUAUUUUACUGUCAUCUACUGGUCCAGAAAGAGCCAUACCCUGCAGUCUUUCCAAGGCAGAGCAAAAGUAGGUCCCAGCUCACAGUGCUUGGGAGAGUGCAAGGGACUAGUUGUCUUUGCUAAUGAUAUAUGAGUCCAGGACAUUGCCUAAACUUCCCUGGGCCUCAGUUUCUCACUGUGAAGUAUGGGGCCACAAUAAAGCCCUUUACAAUCACCCAUUCCUCUCCUAACUUAGUCCUCUUUCCUCAAUCUUGGUGUCUGUUUCAGCUGCCUAUUCAUUCACCCUUAUAUAAGAAGCUCAUUACCUUCCUUUCCCAGCUGGGUCUUUCCAGUCUUGUGCUUCUCUUUUUGCCCUUGAUUCUUACACACGGUGAGUCUGCUUCACACACAUCUUUAUAAACAUGCAUGUAUGUCCUUGUACAUUGGAGGUGCUGAGCAAAUGCUCAUAGAAUGAAUGAAUGUAAAGGAAGAACAAAUGAAUUCCUGUAUACAUUCCUUAACUAUUUAGCGAGUGCCUAUUAUAUAUACAAAGAUACAAACCUGUCUCCCUACACUCUAAAGAUCAUUCCUCUCCUCCCUUUCUCCUCAUCUUCCUUUUCCAUCUUACUCCUUUUUUUCUUUCACUGCACCGCGAAGCUAGACUGAGUGCCCUGCAAGGCAGCAUGCAGACAUACAGAAGCAGGCAGGCUGGUGGAAACGGACACCAUGGAAAGAAGCCAGAGGAAAUAAGGGCAAAGACAGCUGUAUAACAUGCAGAGAAACCAACCAGAAUGAAAAGCCGUGAUUCAUGGAGCACUGCAACUCAGACACUCCUUGGAUUUCACUUUGAGAGCUGAGUCUGGAUUGGGGUCAGCGAGGGCUGGCACCAAGAUGAAGGGCAGUCAGGCUCCUCCUCCCUGGAGAUGUGGUGCUCCAAUCCCUCCCCUUAAUCCUUUUCUACCCACUCUAUCCCCACGACUCCCUCACUGACCAGUGUCCUGGGCCUUUAAGAGUUGGGUGGGCUGGACUGAAGAUAGCUCACACUUCCCCCCACCCCACUCCUUCCUUCUGGCUGUAACUCUGCCAGUCACAGCAGCAAACUGCAGUAGAGGAGGGGAGAAAGCCAGCGAGUACAAGAGGAGCAAAGGAGAAAAGGAGAAAAGGAGCCGGCUGGGUUUCCUCAUCCCACAGUGGAGAGCAAGCACUGCAGAGCUCAAAGACACAGGACUGCUAUCCUGCACACGACCGUUUGUUGGCAUGCCCAAGUGCUGUUCUGGGAAGAGAACUUGCUUCUAGUCCUGACUGCCAUCAAUCAGGUGACUCUGGCGCCAGCUGGUGGAGCAGUGGGUGAUGGCAUCCCUGCUGCAAGGCCGGCUGCCCAUCAGUCAAGAUGUGCUGCUGAUGCAGAAAGGUACAAUGAUGCGCAAGGUGAGAUCCAAAAACUGGAAGAAGCUAAGAUACUUCAGACUUCAGGAAGAUGGCAUGACCGUCUGGCAUGCCCGGCAGGUCGGAGCCAGAGCCAAGGCCAGCUUCUCGAUCUCUGACGUGGAGACAGUGCGUAAUGGCCAUGAAUCUGAGUUGUUGCGCAGCCUGGCAGAGGAGUUCCCCCUGGAGCAGGGCUUUACCAUCGUCUUCCAUGGCCGCCGCUCCAACUUGGACCUGGUGGCCAACAGUGUGGAAGAGGCCCAGAUCUGGAUGAAGGGGCUCCAGCUAUUGGUGGACUUUGUCACCAACAUGGAUCAACAGGAGAGGCUGGACCAAUGGCUGAGUGACUGGUUCCAGCGUGGAGACAAAAACCAGGAUGGCCGGAUGAGUUUCCACGAAGUCCAGCGGUUACUACGCCUGAUGAAUGUGGAAAUGGAACAAGAACAUGCCUUUCAGCUUUUCCAGGCAGCAGACACAUCCCAAUCUGACACUCUGGAGGGACACGAAUUUAUAGAGUUCUAUAAGGCAUUGACUAAGCGUGUUGAGGUGCUGGAACUGUUUGGAAACUUUUCGGCUGAUGGGCAGAAGCUGACCCUGUUGGAAUUUGUGGAUUUCCUCCAAGAGGAGCAGAAAGAAGGAGACCAUGCUUCUGACCUUGCUCUGGAACUCAUUGACCGUCAUGAGCCUUCAGAAAGUGGCAAGCUGCGGCAUGUGCUGAGCAUGGAUGGCUUCCUCAGUUACCUCUACUCGAAGGACGGAGACAUCUUCAAUCCUUCCUGCCUCCCCAUCUACCAGGAUAUGACUCAACCCCUGAACCACUACUACAUCAAUUCCUCUCACAACACCUACCUGGUGGGGGACCAGCUUUGUGGCCAGAGCAGCGUCGAGGGAUAUAUACGGGCCCUGAAGCGGGGGUGCCGCUGUGUGGAGGUGGAUGUAUGGGAUGGACCCAGUGGGGAGCCUGUUGUUUACCAUGGACAUACCCUGACCUCCCGUAUCCUGUUCAAAGAAGUCGUGGCCACUCUAGCACAGUAUGCCUUCCAGACAUCAGACUAUCCAGUCAUCUUGUCUCUGGAGAACCACUGCAGCUGGGAACAGCAGGAGAUCAUAGCACACCAUCUGACCGAGAUCCUGGGGGAUCAGCUGCUGAGCACCACCUUGGAUGGGCAGUUGCCCACUCAGCUGCCCUCACCUGAGGAGCUUCAGAAGAAGAUCCUGGUGAAGGGGAAGAAGUUAAGUACGCUUGAGGAGGAUCUUGAAGAAGAGGAAGAGCUAGAGACUGAACUAGAAGGGGAGCAGGAGCCUGAGCUGGAAUCCCAGUUUGAGUCUGAGACCCAGGAGCUGAGCCCUCGCAGCAAGGACAAAAAUGAGAAGGUUGUGAUGUGUCCGCUGCUUUGUUCAUCUAUCUGUUGUCAGAUUACAGUCCAGGCUCCUCUUCCCAAGCCUGGGUUCCCUCUCUUUUUCAAGCAGAAAUCCAAGGCCAUCUUGUGUCCAUCCCUCUCUGCCCUGGUUAUCUAUACAAAGACUGUUUCAUUCUAUAACUUCACUCAUUCGAGGGAGCACUACCGCUUCUAUGAGUUAUCAUCUUUCUCUGAAACAAAGGCCAAGAACCUCAUCAAGGAGACUGGCAAUCAGUUUGUGCAGCAUAACGCCUGGCAGUUGAGCCGUGUGUAUCCUAGUGGUCUGAGGACAGAUUCAUCUAACUACAACCCCCAGGAAUUCUGGAAUGCAGGCUGCCAGAUGGUGGCUAUGAAUGUGCAGACUGCGGGGCUUGAGAUGGACAUCUAUGAUGGCCUUUUCCGCCAGAAUGGUGGCUGUGGCUACGUGCUGAAGCCAGACUUCCUUCGUGAUACUCAGAGCUCCUUCCACCCGGAGAGGCCCAUCAGCCCUUUCAAAGCCCAGACCCUCCAAAUCCAGGUGAUCAGUGGUCAACAACUCCCCAAAGUGGACAAGACCAAAGAGGGAUCCAUUGUGGAUCCACUGGUGAGAGUGGAAAUCUUUGGUGUUCGCCCAGACACAACCCGGCAGGAGACCAGCUAUGUGGAGAAUAAUGGUUUUAAUCCGUACUGGGGGCAGACACUAUGCUUCCAGUUGCUGGUACCUGAGCUGGCCAUGCUGCGUUUUUUGGUAAAGGAUUACAACUGGACAUCCCGAAAUGACUUUAUCGGUCAGUACACCUUGCCUUGGACCUGCAUGCAACAAGGUGAGCGUGUCCUUCCACCCCUGGCCAAACCCCUUACUCUGGCUGCCUUCCUAAUGCUGUCCUCCUAUGCCUUUCCAGGUUACCGCCACAUACACCUGCUCUCCAAGGAUGGCACCAGCCUCCACCCAGCAUCCCUCUUCGUGCACAUCUGCAUGCUGGAAGGGCUGAGGGAGGUUGAAUCUUAAGGUGGACACUUCAUGGGAAGGGUGGGUGUACUUGCUUCAGAUGGUAAGAUAACCCUGGAAAGAUGCUCCAGAAAGCAGAAGUGGUGAAAACCAAGCAUGGUUGUGCGUUCCUAAGCAUAAAGUUACCUCACCCUUCCUAACAAGCAAAUCUAGGGCCUGAUUUUUCACCUGCUUUCUCUUCCCUUUCUUCAUUUUCACAAACUUUUGGUAUCUUUCCUGCCCUUCCCUUUUGCGUACUCUAUCCUGGAGUUCCUUCCUUCCUUUGCUGUAGGUUUAGUCCCUACCCAGACCUAGGACUAAUCUCUUUUAUCAACUCUGGCUCCAAGGCAGAUUGCAACUACAAAUCCAGAGGGGUUUGGGGCAAAGAAACCCAGAGGCAUUAUCCCCUCCCCAACAACUUCCUCAAAGGCCAGAGCCAAGGAAAGGAAAAACCAAGCCUCAAGCCUCCCCAAGCAAAGGCUGGGGAGAGAACUGACCCUAAGACUGUACUGUGACUCUCAAGAAAACACUGCACAGCUCUGAGUCCACACUGGUCUGCUCCUUCCUAGUCCCACCAGUGUUAAUAGAGCUGCUCUCCCUAA